UUGUGCAUCAGCCUGAUGAUCAGCAUGAAUAAUCAAUCAAAUAAAAGAUCUAUUCCUCUUGAUGAAUUUGUUGGUGUAGUUGAACCUCCUGAAAAAAAAGUAAAUAAUUGUUUCAAAGAUAAUUUUGAAUAUAUAAUAAAUAAUGAAAAAGUAGAUGCUGAAAUAAAUAAAAGAAUUUUGGAGGACGGUGAGCUACCUGAUGAAUUAGAAAAGACUGUCACUACUAAAACCAACAUUACUGAAGCAAAGCCAAAUAUUGUCAAAGAGUUCAAAGCAGAUUUCAGUAGAAAAAGAAAAGUUGCAUUAUUGUUAGCAUAUUGUGGUGCAAAUUAUUCAGGAAUGCAAAAAAAUCCUGAUGUUGAAACAAUAGAAGAAAAACUGUUGGAUGCUCUUUGCGAGAUGAAAGCCAUUCGUGCUGAACACAAACAUGAGUUUCUUGUAAACAAUGUAAACCAGAUAAGCUUCCAGCGAGCAGCUCGUACUGACAAAGGUGUAUCAGCAGCACGUCAAACUGUUUCUUUAAAGCUUGUAGCAUCAAACACUUUUCUUGAAGAUGUGAAUAAACUACUGCCGGAUGACAUUCGUGUUUUUGGUUUGGAAAGAGUUACAAAAAGUUUUAAUGCAAAGUGUUGUUGUUCAGGCCGUGCCUAUGAAUAUUUAGUACCUUCAUUUGCUUUUGCUCCAUCCAAUGAUGUUUUUUCUCCAUCAUAUAGGAUUUCAGAUGAACAAUUUGCGAAAUUAAAUCGACUAUUUUCAUGUUACGAAGGAACGCAUAAUUUUCAUAAUUUCACAAGUGGAAAACCUUUUUCAGAUCAAAGUGCUAACAGAUACAUUAUUAGUUUCAAGGCAAACAAACCAUUUGAAUGUCAGGGUCACGAGUUCAUAGCAAUUGAGAUAUCUGGUCAAAGUUUUAUGAUUCAUCAAAUUAGAAAGAUGAUUGGGCUUGUUAUUGCAGUGUGUCGCGGCCACUGUCCCGAAGACACUAUUGAAAAAAGUUGGCUUCAAGCAAAAGCAGAUAUUCCGAAAGCUCCUGGACUAGGUUUAUUACUUUGUAAGGUCUUUUAUAAUCAUUACAACGAAAAACAUUGUAACGAUGGCUUACAUAAACCAAUUACUUGGAGCGAACAAGAGCUUGAAGUCGAACGCUUUAAAAUUGAGCACAUUUGGUAUAGCAUAAUUAACGAAGAAAUAAAAAAAUCGCCUAUGGUUACUUGGUUGAAAACACUGGUUAAUCAUACGUACACUAAAGUGGUUAUGAAAUCUCCGAUGCCUUCUGACUAUAAAGGCAAGAAUGGUGUUUUCCCUGAAAUUGAAAAAGUAAAUAGCUAGUUUUAAAAGUGUGAAAAAGUUAACAUAUUUUGCAUUGUAUUUUUGAUGAAAUAAAUGUCAAAGUAUGUAUAUACUUUUC